AUGGCCCCCCGCGCGCUCUGCCCUCCGCGGCGGUGCUGCCAACGCGACGGGUCUGGCGUCCGCACCCCACGCGCCCACGCCCCCGGGGGGACCCCCCGGGCUGGUGGCAUGCGCGGGUCGGCCGGGCCGCAGCGGCCGCCCACGCCCGGCCGGGUGCCCAGCAGCCCCCAGGCCACGGCCCUCGCGCCCUGCUGUCUGGGGAGGGUCGUGCCCUCGCACACGACCAGAUCCCCCCGCACCGGGAUCGCACGGUGGAAAAUUGUUUUCAUCUUUGUCCAGUCUAAGUGGGAUCCAAGUGGGAUCCAAGUUGGAUGCAUCGCCCAGAGAUUCACAGCCCACUGUGGGCUCUCUGGGGGCGGCGUGGCCACGGGCGCGACGCGGCGUCCUCGGGAGGGCCGGGGGGAAGCCUGGGGCGCCGGGCCGGGGCAGUCUCGGACUGCCGCGGUCGGGUGCUUCGGGGCUGGCCCCGACCCUCCCCAGGGCGCCGCGCCCCCCGCCCGGGGGUGUUCGCCAGUUGGCGGCGGGGACUUGGGCGGGGCGCGUUGGCGGAGUGGGCGGUUGGAGGGUUGGAGGGUUGGAGGGAGACGCGCGCGGCACCACCUCCCCAUCAAGGGCUCCGGCAGCGCCGGGGGCUUGGAGGGGGAUGUUCGCCAGUUGGCGGCGGGGACUUGGGACAUGUGCCCUGUCGCUAGAUCGGUGGGGACUUGGGUGGAGCCGCUGAGAGCGCACGGCCCACGGUGGCUCGCCAGUCGGUGGCCCUGGGCCUUUGCAAAUUGCGCCCAGGCCCGCCGUGCGCCGCGGGCGCACCGCCAGGGGCGGCGCCCUUGCCAACGCGAAGGGUGGUCUCCCCCGGGCCGCGCCCGCGAGCCCCGGGCGCUCGGGGGUGGCGGGAGUGACGACUCGGGGCACCACGGGCCCGGCAGCAGCGGCCACGGGCCUCCGCCCGGCGUGCGCGGCGGGGAGAUGUGGGAGAUGUGA